UGAGCAUAAGAGGCUGUCAUCCAAACCCUAUAGCGCGUCAGGAUGGGUAUCCAUGAACUAGCGCCUUUCCUCCAGAAGACUUGUCCCGAUGUCAUAAGAGAGGCCCUAGCGGGGAAGACCAUAACCGUCGACGGAAUUCUAGUGACACAACGGCUGCAUUUCUUGAACAUCCCGUACGAGUUCAAACACAUUCUUGGGUGGUAUAGGCUAUUGAUGGAAAGGAACGAAGUGAAGCCAAGCAGGCUGAGGCAAAACGGCGACGCACGGCCCGCUCCCUUAUGCUUGCUCGGGGCACAAUGGGACUCCAGCGCUCACGUCGUUUGCGGCAGAUGAGCGACCUACUGCGGUACCACGCAUCGAG